AUGACCCAGGAGGGCCAGAGUGACCCGCCGGCGCUGGAGACCCCCCCAGAGGCUGAGCUGAGCACGGCCCAGGAGAGAGAGCCCGAGCUAGGCCACGAGGAACCGGGUGCCGGGGCGGAAACUGGAGCUCCAGAAGCUGAGUCACCCAGCCUCGACGCAGAGGACGGUGGGGCGGUGGAGGACUGUGGGGCAGAGGGGAAACGGGAGGAUGAGAGGGAUGAGAGCAAUCGGACGGGAGGAGGAGAGGAGGACGGCGGCGAUGGGGUGAAGGAGGAGAGCGAUGGGGUGAAGGAGGAGAGCGAUGGAGAUGAAGCAGAGAGGCCGGAGAACGAGUGUGACUCCUUCAGCGCCACGUUUGAGUGCUCCGUGGAGGAGGCAGACACAGAGAGUAAAGUUGCAGAAGAGGAGGAGGAGAGAGAAGGAGAAGAAAGAGAAGAUCACAGCAGAACAGGAGAAGUAGAGACAAAAGUUAGAGAAGAGGAGGAGGAGGAGGAAGAAGGAGAAGAGGAUGGCGGCGAGGAUGAGUCAGAACACCCAAACCAGGACAGUUUCAGUUCAGCUUUCGAGCGCAUCGUGGAGCAGGUAUCCGGGGCAACAGAGGAAGAGGAGGAGGAAGAGGGGGAUGGAGAGGUGCGGGAGAGAAGAGGCAGAGGGAAGGAAGACGGGGAUGAGGAAGACGAGUGUGAUGGAGAUGAAGACCGGUCACGUGACGCACAGGAUGGCUUCAGCUCCACGUUCGAGCGCAUUGUCGAAUCUGAGCUCCUUAGGGGCGGGACCUGCUACAGCUCACUGGAUUCGCUGGACGUGCUGUCACUCACCGACGAGACGGACAGCUGUGUGAGCUUCGACGCGCCUCUUACGCCACUCAUCCAGCAGAGAGCGCUAGUCGGACCGGAACCACCAGAACUGGAACUAGAACCCGUCCAGGAAGGAGAGGGGGAGGAUGGAGAAGGAGAGGAAGGAGAGGAGAAGAGAGGGAUGGCGAUGCAGGCCAACGGAGGAGGAGGGGGGGGAGGGAGCCCGCUGCGGGUGACCAUUCCGGGGAGCCGCUCGGAAAACGUGCUGAGCCAGCGUACUGUCAUUCCCAACGGAUUCCACACAGACACACACACCAAUGGGGACAGUGCAGGCAUCCCCAGCUCCAUGAGUGAUGCCAGCUUGGCAGAUGUGCUUUCGGACUCCGAGUCAGAACUCGGCAGCUUGGAGCAGCUUGCCCGUGGUAGCACGGAUACACUCGCCAAUGGUUGCCGUGCCGACUCUGACGCCGCCAAGCGAUUGGCCAAACGGCUGUACUACCUAGAGGGCUUCAAACGCUGCGAUGUGGCACGACACCUGGGCAAGAAUAACGACUUCAGCCAGAUGGUGGCGGCGGAGUACCUCACCUUCUUCGACCUCUCUGGUAUGACGCUCGAUCGAGCUCUCAGAAACUUCCUGAAGGCGUUUCCCUUGAUGGGGGAGACCCAGGAGAGAGAGAGGGUGCUAGUGCACUUCUCCAAGAGGUUCUGCCACUGCAACUCCGACACACUUCAAUCUGAAGACGGUGCCCAUACGUUGACCUGUGCACUCAUGCUACUCAACACAGAUUUACAUGGACACAACAUUGGGAAGAAGAUGUCCUGCCAGCAGUUCAUUGGCAAUCUAGACAAGCUGAACGAUGGCAAAGACUUCCCCAAGGAUUUACUAAAGGUGCUGUAUAUGUCCAUAAAAAACGAGAAGCUGGAGUGGGCUGUUGAGGAAGAGGAGUUGAGGAAGAGCCUGUCAGAGUUGGUAGAGGAUCACUGUGGGAGCGGGGCUAAAAGGAUCGCCCGGGUAACGGACGGUCAUAACCCCUUCAUUGCCAUUCCACUCCUGCUCAACGCUGCAACCUACAAGCAUGGAGUCCUGUCCCGCAAGAGUCACGCCGACAUGGACGGCAAACGCACUCCCAGGGGUCGUCGUGGCUGGAAGAAGUUCUAUGGUGUGCUGAAGGGAAUGAUCCUCUACCUGCAGAAAGAUGAGUAUAAGCCAGAUAAGGACCUGUCGGAGGUGGACCUGAAGAAUGCAGUGCGCGUGCACCAUGCCCUGGCCACCCAGGCCACCGACUACAGCAAGAGACCCAACGUCCUCAAGCUCAAAACCUCAGACUGGAGGGUCUUCCUCUUCCAGGCCCCGAGUGAGGAGGAGAUGCUGUCGUGGAUCUUCAGGAUAAACCUGGUGGCUGCCAUCUCCUCUGCUCCUGCCUUUCCUGCUGCCAUCGGCUCGAUGAAGAAGUUCUGCAGGCCGAUACUGCCUUCAUCAGGCACCAGACUAAACCAGGAGGACCAGGUGCGCUCGCAUGAGAACAAAGUGAAGCAGAUCUCUCUGGAGCUUGAGGAGCACAGGAGGAGUAUGCCUGAUCUCUCCCCCAAGAACAAAGACACAGAGGAGCACCGCCUCAAAGAACACUACCUGGCCUAUGAGAGGAGUCGCUAUGAGACGUACUCAUCGCUGCUGCAGGCUAAGCUGCGCCUGGAGACAGACGACCUGGACCGGCUGGAGGCGUGUGUGCUGAGCGGGGAGGCGGCCGCGCGGGACGGCAUCCUACGCAAGACCCAGUCCAGCCCGCACAUUAGCACUGGCCACGGAGUCAACGGCAGGAGCACGCCACGGACACCCCCUCGAAGCUGAACACACACACACACACACACAUAAUACACACACACACACACACACACAGAAACACACUUGCAAACAC